AUCAAUGACUAUUGGCCGACCGCAGUGCGAGAGAACAUCCAAUGGAUUAUGGAGGAUCGUAUCCAACUCUACCUCCUGACCCAAAUCGACUCUAUGAUCUGAUAUCAAAGAACGGUCGAGGUCUAGAUCAAAGAACAAAGUGGUCGCAUGCGUGCGCAGGUCCUUUAGGACGCAGGACUCGGGUCCACGCCAGACUCUUUAACGACAGAGAUAAAGAACCAAGCCACCACACCUUCUCCUAUACUCUCAAGCUGUUCAAUGCACAGCUAUGAGCUCGUCGCAGGCCAUCGCUGUCACCAGUGCCCAGGCCCAUGAAAUAGAGAAAUAUCAUCUAAGUGAAUUGAUCUCUUCUAAUUGGCAUCAUGCUGCCCCAGGUCCCCCUAUAUCUCGCAGCGCUGUCCAAUUGGACACAGGCUCCCUCAUCAUGCCAGGACCUCCGGAUCCCCGUGUCCGUCGAAAAGACAGCAGAAGGCGAGUUCGGCAGCGACGUCGUCUACAACGACGAAGUUCUGUUCGCGCUAGCAGGGCGCAAGAUCCUUGUUUCGAAUACCUAUGAAAUGUCGGGGAGAUUCUGCGCGCCGGAUGACGAACAGAGUCCACACGCGGAUACACUCCAGCUCCUUGUCCACGGCGCCUCGUUCAAUAAGAAUAUGUGGGAGUCGCAGCUCAAGCCUGAGAGAUAUAAUUGGGUCCGACGAAUGAACUUCGAAGGAUAUCCCACGCUCGCUGUGGAUUUGAUUGGGAGUGGAAAUUCCUCGUUUCCGGAUGGGCUGUACGAGGUCCAGUCGCAGAUGUAUGUUGAGACGAUCCACGACUUGAUCCAGAAGCUCCGGAGGGGCGAGGUAGACGGGCGCAAAUGGGAGAAGAUCGUGCUAGUUGGGUUCUCGAUCGGCGGGAUGCUGGCGAACGCGCUUGCGCAGCAGUACCCUGAUGAUGUCGACGCUCUUGUGUUACAUGCUAUCACGUGGGAUACUUCUUGGAUCUACCCGGCUUUCUUGUCGGGUCUGCAAGUGUCUGCUGCACAGGUCGAUCCUGUGAAGUGGGGUCACAUUCCUUUGAUGUAUCAGACGCAGUCGACUCCUGAGGGAAGACGGGUGGCGUGUUUUGCUGGGGCUUAUGAGGAGGACGCCGUGGAAUAUGAUUUCCAUCAGCGUGAUUUCGAUACGUUAGGAGCCGCUAUCACCUUCACCUAUCUCUUAGGAGAGGCCCCCGAGUAUACGCGUCCAGUCUUCCUUGGCAUUGGAGAACAGGACUCGACAUUCUGUGGCGGUCGGUUCUGUCGUGAACAGCCGUGGGCAGUGUAUAGAAAGUUUGAGAAUGCUGCAGCGAUAGAUGUGAAGGUGUAUCCGGAGACAGGACAUCUUAUCCUGUACCACCAUAGCGGGCUGGCUUUGAUGGCGGAUUCCCUGGCUUUUCUCGAAACGCAUGGCUUUUAAGAGUGCGCGGAGCCCACUUCGCCUGACACGUCGUGUCACUUGAGAUAAAAGAGGAUUGAUGGUGAUCGGGGCAGGUAGCUAUAGCACACUCCCUAUGAUGGCUGUUCUUCAUGACAUUGUGUAUUCUACUAUCAUGACGCCUAUGAGACAGAGGUCAAAGAUAUAACAAAUAAUCCAAAUUGAACACAGCGAGCCAUGUUUGCACUCCCGUGAAUCUU